AAGAAGGCAGCUGAAAGAACAGAAGAAGAAGCGGCUGAAUACUAGCUAGCAUUAAUGUAAGUACUAACAUCCAUAUUAGCUAAUGACUGACAUACACGCGUUCAGUAUUAUCAUUCGCCAGCUUAAUAAGGUUUAGUUUACAAGUGUUUAGUGGUUAGUUAAGGGAAAAUUUCGUUUGCUGUCUGCUCCGGAGGCGGUCAUGGCGGUCAAAUCUGGAGAAGAGCGUCUGAAGGAGAUGGAGGCUGAGAUGGCUCUUUUUGAGCAGGAGGUUCUUGGUGGUCCAGUGCCGAUCUCCGGAAGUCCGCCUGUCAUGGACCCAGGAGCCGUAGCUCUGGCUGUCCCAGUCAUUUCUCUGGUGCGACCGAUUAUUGGGACAAACACCUACAGACAGGUCCAGCAGACUCUAGAGGCUAGAGCGACUAGCUUUGUUGGCCCCCCACCAACGUUUGUGGGACCAGUUCCCUCCAUUCGUUCACCUCCACCUCCCAUCAUGAGACCAGCCUUUGUUCCACACAUCCUGCAGAGACCCAGUGGUCAGAGGAUACCGAUGAUGCGCAGUCCUCCAGUAGCACCUCCCCUACCACGGCCUCCUCCCCCUCCCCCCAUGAUGGUUCCUCCUUCCCUGCCAGGCCCGAUACCUCACGGUCCCCCACAGCCCAUUCAGCACAUUGCAGCCUCUCCUCAGGUUGGUGACAUUGUCCCGAUGAUGCCAGGCCCUCCAAGAUCGGUGGGCCCGCCCUCCCUCAAACCAACGCCAUCCAUCAUCCAGGCAGCACCAACGGUGUACUCUGCUCCACCUGUGACGGUUGGACAUAAGAGAGUUGAUCCUCAGGCCCAGAGACAAGCCAGAAUGGAAGAACUGGCAGCACGGGUUGCUAAGCAGCAGGCUGCAGUAUUGGCGGCAGGCCUACUUGACAAGAAGGAGAGUGAUGAGAGCAACUCUGUGAUUGGUCCAAACAGGCCUGAGCCGGAGCCCCCUCACAUUGAGCCUGUGGAAAGUUCUACAGAGGACAAGAAGAAAGGCAAGAACGAAAAGGUGAAGAAGUGCAUCCGUACAGCAGCAGGGUCCAGCUGGGAGGAUGCCAGUCUGCUGGAGUGGGAGUCAGAUGAUUUUCGUAUAUUUUGUGGGGAUCUUGGUAAUGAGGUCAACGAUGACAUUCUAGCCAGAACCUUCAGCAGAUACCCGUCUUUCCUCAAAGCAAAGGUGGUUCGAGACAAACGGACCGGAAAGACCAAAGGCUACGGCUUUGUCAGUUUCAAAGAUCCAAACGACUACGUCAGAGCCAUGAGAGAGAUGAACGGGAAGUAUGUUGGGAGUCGCCCCAUCAAGCUGAGGAAGAGCAUGUGGAAGGACCGAAAUAUUGAAGUGGUUCGCAAGAAACAGAAAGAGAAGAAGAAACUCGGCCUCAGAUAAUGUUCCGUGUGUGUGUGUGUGUGUGUGUGUGUGUGUGUGCGUGCGUGCGUGCGUGCGUGCGUGCGUGCGUGCGCGUUAGGGAUUACUGGCCUUUUGGCAGUCCCAUCAGACAUGAUGCUUGAGGCGUAAGUGUGAUCAGAGGUUAGUUUAGGUUUCGUGUGUCAUGUUGAGUUAGUUGGGACUUCCUUGUGGGUCAGAAGAUUUUGAGAAAGCUAGAAACUGUUUUGACUUAUUUUACAUCCUGUAAUAAACUAAAGGGUUAAUGACA